GCCAAAAUGCAUGUCAGAUCUCAUUCCUACUAACACACCCAAUAGGGCUCGGAGAUCCCUUGGAAACAAUCAGCUGGCAGAACCACGGAUCAGAACAAACCACGGUGGAGAUGCUUUUUGUUACUAUGCUGCUCACAUAUGGAAUCAGCUUCCCCAUGACCUCAGAUGUGUCCCAACCCUAGUGUUGUUUAAAAUAAAACUAAAACCCCCAACAUACUCACCAGCCUUUUAAAUGAAUUGUUUCUUAUGUUGCGUCAUCUCCACUGUAAUCUGCGCUGUAACUUUGUCUUCUCCUUUAGCUCUAAACUAUAAUUCUAUCUGCGUGUAUUUUCAUUUGUGUUUUUAUUUGUUUUCAUAUCAUAUCCUGAUGAGUGUAAAUCGAAAAUAUCCUCUAUAAAUAAAGUUGCCUUGCCUUGCCAAGCUGUACUGGCAGUUUCUCUGUCUCCAAAAUGUGCUUACACCAGGGUAAGGGUUUAGUAAAGGUGUGCACAUUUUCCCUCCACAUUCUUUUCACAAUCACAAAGUUUCUAUAGAAGGUUAUUCACGCAAGUUUCAGCCCACUUUUGUGCUCUUUUCUUAACAUGUUUUCCUCACUCAUCUAACGAUCUCCUCUCUGUCUUCCACAGUCUAAAAAAACAUCAAAAUGUUACAGAAGAAGAAAUUUGUGGUCCUCCUAAUUUGUGCUGUCAGUUUUGUGGUCUUCAACAACUUCCUCUUCAACUGGGCCAUGGAGGCUGCCCAUCUUGGUGGCUCAAUCCUUUGCUCUCGCCUCACCCCAGACCUGAAGCCUAAGCAUACCAACGUAGCCUUCCUCAAGACCCACAAGACAGCCAGCUCCACCAUGCAGAACAUACUGUUUCGUUUUGCUGAGUUUAACAACCUGACAAUGGCUUUGCCUAAACCAAACUGUGGUCACCAGUUUUGUUACCCACACUUCUUCUCCACUGAGUUUGUUCAUCCACAAACGCAACAACCAAAUAUGAUCGCCAAUCACAUGCGCUUCAAUGAGAGCGCACUGCAUAACCUGAUGUCAAACACUACCAUAUACAUCACUAUCCUGAGAGAGCCCGCGUCCAUGUUUGAGUCUUUGUUUACUUACUACAGUAAUAUAAGUGAGGCCUUCAGGAGGGUCCCUAAUGGCUCUCUAGAGGCUUUCCUAGCAGACCCCUUACGGUACUAUCGACCAGGAGAGGAUAAUGCCAUGUACGCACGUAACACUUUGACCUUUGACCUGGGCGGAGACAAAGACAGGCCAGCAUCAGAUGCGGCUUAUGCACAAGCCUUUGUGGCCAAGGUGGAGAGAGUUUUCUCCUUGGUGAUGAUUUCUGAGUAUUUUGAUGAAUCUCUAGUUCUUCUUCGUCAUCUCCUCUCUUGGGAUUUGGAGGAAAUUCUGUAUGUUAAACUUAAUAUGCGGAUGGAAAGUUCUAAGAAGAGUCUUUCACCGGGUCUUCCUGAAAAGAUCCGUGCCUGGAAUUCCAUAGAUGCCCGCCUUUAUGACUACUUUAAUGCCUCAUUGUGGGUGAAACUGUCAGAACUGGGUCUAGAUUUUGUAGCGAAUGAGGUGAACCUUCUUCGACACGCCCAAGAGAGGCUAUUGAAGAACUGUUCUGGUGGGCAGCUGCCAGCUUCUGAGAUCAAGAACAAGGAACUCCACCCCUGGCAGCCCAGUGAAAACGUCAGCAUAGUUGGUUACGACCUCCCAUCAAAUAUCAGCCAGGAGGCAAAGGAGCGCUGCCUGAGGUACAUCAUGCCGGAGGUCCCAUACACAACCAAGCUGCUUCAUUCCCACUUAAUGAGGUCAACUAAAACCUGAGCUCUACAGAGGUUAAACACAAACUAAACAAGACCAGACCAAAAGCAUGCUUAUUGGAUAAAAACAUCUGCUCUCUGAACAAACACUCUAAUACAGUGCUUCCUAUUAUCACUCCCUUGUAGGUCUGGAUAUAAAGAUCCACCAGAUUGCUUGCUUGUUUCAUCUAGACACAUUUUGUUUUUAAAAUGAACGAUGGACCAGACUUGGGAUAAAAACCUAAUCCCACAUGUGUCUAAUGACUUAAACAUCCUUCCAUUUGGUUGUGAUGCAAAAGACAAUUGGUCUAACAGCAGAUAACCUGGUUUCAUCUGAUGUGAGUGUGGUUGCACUUAAGCUAGUAUACAUCUGAUAGUAUGAAAACCUUGAGCAAAGUAUCAAAGUUUCAUGGUUUUACCAUUUCUACUGUACACAUUUCAAUAGUAGACACGAUGAGGCCAAAAUGGUUGUUGAUGUUAAUAGUAAAGCAUCUCAAAUAGGAUGGGCAAUGAUGGAAAAGGGGUUAAGUGUCCGCCCCGUAACAACAGGGUUGUAAGUUCGAGCCUCACUCAGUCUGUGGCUGUUGUUGUGUCCUUGAGCAAGACACUUUACCCACCUUGCCUGCUAACGGUGGACGGAGGGACGGGUGGCGCCAGUGGUCUGCAGCCUCACCUCCUUCAGUGCAACCCUGGGCAGCUGUAGCUACAUUGUAGCUGAUCAUCACCAGCGUGUGAAGGACACCCACAGUGUGUGUGCAUACAAGUAGAGGUGGUAUGGUAUGGUUGUGUAGUAAAGCGCAUUACUAUCGGUUUACACAUAUGAAGCUAAACUGUAUUUGAGAAGAAUUGAGUGCUAACAAAAGAAAAAGAUGUUGCAGAAUUGCAGAUGUGUUCAAAAGGGCUAAAAUAAUCUUUCUCAUGGUGAAAAUGAACCGCUCAGCUACUACCAGUGUGAACAGAAGGGUUUCACUUCUGAAACUAAAAUGCUGUGUUGUCAAAAAUGUUUUUCUUACAUCUUUGUAUAUAUUGUGUACACAAAGUAUAUAUUGUAAAUAAUACAUAGAUGCUAUUUAUCUAACAGUCUUUACUGUUAUAUUUUGUUAUACAGUAUGUCUAAACAAUUUUAACUACAAUGCAAAACCAAUGUUAUGGUUUAUAAUCUGUAUUAAUUCUGUUUUCCAUUUCCUGUUGAAUGGGCCUGUUUGUCCAAAAAAAUGCAGACAUAUUUUAUUUAUUUAUUUAUUUGAAUAUGGUCAUCAGCCUGACAGGUUUUGGGUGAACGCUGGGACUCAUCAGGGGCAGCAACUACCUACUUUUGGAGGUGUAUGCUGACACAAAAUUGGCGGUUGGAUUUAAAAUGACAACUUUUGUAGUCAAUGGCAGUGAAUGAGUCAAAAAAUUUUGGAUAUUUUAUAUUUAAAAGCAUCAGUCUGGUGCAUUUUGAGAAGAAAAGGUUGACUUGAAGGCUGAUAGGAAUGUAUAAUAAAGUAUCUAUGGCAUUAUAGUAUUAUCUUUGAUUGAUUAUAUAUCCUGUCCUGUCCAACCCAUUAUGAACACCGACUACAGCGAAAUCCACUGAUGCAGCUGGCAAAGAUGCUGUUGAACGUGUGAGUGUGCAGAACUUGCUAAACUACAUGACUCAAUUUAAGGAACAAAACAGAGUCCAGCUGCUGUUUUUUAUUUGUUUUUGAUGUUUAUAGAAACUAAAAAUAUCUGCAGGUUUUUGGGCCCAGGGCAGAGUUUGUAUGUGUAAUGUUCACAGACAUCAAAACCUUAGAAAUUGAAUAAAAAAAUUAUAAAAAUUAAA